GUAUAAAUUCAGGUUUACAAAGCAAGGCCAAAAACUAUACAAAAAGCAGUAAAGAAGUAGGUGAUCACUUGAGCUUCUCUACAAUCAUAUAUGCCAAGAUUACCACCACAGCAGCAGCAGAAAAGCACAAACAUGGAGGAGAUAAAGAAGGGAGCAUGGUCUCCAGAGGAAGACCAAAAAUUGAAAACUUAUAUCAUGAGAUAUGGCAUUUGGAAUUGGAGCCACAUGCCCAAAUUUGCAGGGCUUUCAAGAACGGGGAAAAGUUGUAGACUCCGAUGGGUGAACUAUCUUAGCCCUGAUGUUAAAAGAGGUCCCUUUAUCAUGGAAGAAGUCGAAAUAGUCGUCAAAACCUAUCAGGAACUUGGAAAUAGAUGGUCAGCCAUUGCUGCAAGAUUGCCAGGAAGAACAGACAACGAAGUUAAAAACUUCUUCCAUACACACUUAAAGAAGCAUUUGGGAGUGUUGAAGAGUACUACUAGGGCAAGAAGCAAUAAAAGGGCACUGAAGAAAACCAAAGGAAAUGCCGACAAACAAUCACCUGAUGUUUCUUCAUCAGACAGCAGCAGUAUUGUUACAUGUGAAGAAAAUAAAGUGAAUGAAAACCAGACGAUGGGCGUUUCUAUGAAUUUAUCUCAAACAUACCAAGAUUGGUUCAACAUUGUCGAUCAACCAAAUAUUGAGAUGGAAAUUAGCCCGGUUAUAUUGGAGAGCAACCCAGACGAUGGUGGUACUUAUGAUUCCAACUGCCAACAACUUCAUGAUCAGUUUGAGCACUCUGAUGAGUACAUUUCCGAAUAUUACUCCAGCUUUAACUCAAUUGACCAGUUCGAUAUGAGUUCAUUCUGGUUUGAUGAACUUUGGGAUGUCGAAACAUCUGAUUUUUUCAGAGAUGUUAUAACUAAUUAGCACCUAUGUCUCACGUCUAGCACUUUUUGGCCUUUUUAAGUAAACAAAGCCAACUAGAAAAUGGGGAUUAGACAAACUUCUAAGUCCUACUACUUGUUUUAAAGUAUGAAGAGUGGUAAUACAAGUUAUGUACUCUUUCUCAUGAGAUAUGACCCAGUUGCCCCGAAUAUGCAGAUUCUUCUUUUUCCAGACUUGAGCACGUGGCACAAUAACAUGACAAGGCUACCUCAAAUUGUAACAAAGGGCAGAAGUACCUUUAAUUUAAUUUCUUGCUUGUAUCCUAACUGGAUUUUGCC